AACAGAAAAAUAAUUUCAAACGUUUUGAAAUAUCCUAACCCACGUUAAUAGUAAAGUUGUGUGCGCACGUCAAAAUGCAGCAGGUUGUUUUCAUUAUUGCGGUCUGUGUUUGCUUUGUGUCAGCAUGUCAAAUAACAAUAUCAGGAGGAAAGUUUAAUUCAGAUGUCUGUAAGGGGUAUGGUAGGCUGGAGUCUAAAGUUGAUAUCCUCACAGAUAAGCUUGAUCGUAGUCUCCAUCUGCUGAAGAAAAUUAACGAACAAGUAAAAGAUUGCAGACACAAAACAAGUUUAAUACGAAAUGUUGCUCUGAGGAAGGGAAGUCAACAAAGCUCGUGGUACGGUAAUACGCGUUCCUGGGGAAAUUAUAUCUGCUGUGCAACUGAAUAUGCAAACGACGGAAAUGCAACCACAACUUCAGCGACAAACCUUGAUAAUAUGCCAUACUGGUGGGUAGACCUUGGACAUGUGUAUGAUAUAAAACGGGUUGAAAUUAUAAAUCGAUCAGACGGUUAUGGUCAUCGUCUCCAUGACGUGGAUAUCACAAUUGGACGAACCUUGAACGAAUUGUCCUUAUGUGCACACUAUAAAGGUCCAGGAAAAACCGGGCAGCAUCUUGUUUUUCAUUGCAAUCAUCAAAUGAGUGGCCGUUAUGUCAAAGUGGCCAUCAAAGGGAAGGAAUACCUUCAGUUGUCAGAAGUAAUGGUGUUUGCUCCUGAAACAUCAGGAUAAUUUAUAUGGAUUAAACUCUACAUUACUGAU